AUAAUUCUACGCAUUAUUACAGUGUAAAUGUAUCACUUACCAUUUAUUCGGAGUCUUAGCUAAGCUUUUAUCCUGUGUUUAUUAUAAGCUUUCUGUAACUCUAACCGUCAUUUGUUGUUAUGUUGUGUCGUCAUCAUCUCGCAACUGGACAGUGUCCCUGUUGUACGCAAGCGCACUAAACCGGCUUUUGUUAUUGCAUCCCAUUCCAGUAUGGCGCUAAGCAAGACGUUUGGGCAGAAACCUGUCAAAUUCCAACUGGAAGAGGAUGGAGAUUUUUAUAUGAUCGGCUCGGAGGUGGGCAACUACCUGCGCAUGUUCCGGGGUUCCCUGUACAAACGAUAUCCGUCCUUAUGGAGGAAGUUGGCGUCGGUGGAGGAGCGCAAGAAGAUCGUGGAGUCGUCGCACGAUCACGGCUACACUCAGCUGGCCACGAGCGUCACGCUGCUCAAAGCCUGCGAGGUGGACGAGAUCCUGGACGGCAACGACGACAAGUACAAAGCCGUGUCCAUCAGCACAGAGCCUCCGGCGUACCUCAGGGAACAGAAGGCCAAGCGGAACAGCCAGUGGGUCCCCACGCUGCCCAACAGCUCUCACCACCUUGACGCCGUACCCUGCUCCACCACCAUCAACCGCAGCCGCCUGGGCCGAGACAAGAAAAGGACCUUCCCGCUCUGCUUUGACGACCACGACCCGGCGGUGAUCCACGAGAACGCCACCCAGUCGGAGGUGCUGGUCCCCAUCCGUCUGGACAUGGAGAUCGAGGGCCAGAAGCUGAGAGACGCGUUCACCUGGAACAUGAACGAGAAGCUGAUGACUCCCGAGAUGUUUUCGGAGAUUCUGUGCGACGACCUGGACCUGAACCCUUUGGCCUUCGUGCCCGCCAUCGCUUCCGCUAUCCGCCAGCAGAUGGAGUCGUACCCCACCGACAGCAUCUUGGACGAGCAGACGGACCAGAGGGUCAUCAUCAAGCUCAACAUCCACGUGGGCAACAUCUCCCUGGUGGACCAGUUCGAGUGGGACAUGUCGGAGAGGGAAAACUCUCCGGAGAAGUUUGCGCUCAAGUUGUGCUCGGAGCUGGGCCUGGGAGGCGAGUUCGUCACCACCAUCGCGUACAGCAUCAGGGGGCAGCUCAGCUGGCACCAGAGGACGUACGCCUUCAGUGAGAACCCACUCCCCACGGUGGAAAUCGCCAUCAGAAAUACGGGCGAUGCCGACCAGUGGUGCCCCCUGCUGGAGACGCUUACAGACGCCGAGAUGGAGAAGAAGAUCAGAGACCAGGACAGAAACACCAGGCGAAUGAGGCGACUCGCCAACACGGCGCCGGCCUGGUAGAACAACAAAUGCUGCUGCUUCAUAAUUGUCACAUCAUGAGCGCUCCCCUACUGGAAGCACACGUGUGUUACAUGGGUCGCUAACCCUUUUACCCUUUUCUGGUCACACAGCACACGCACACGCACACACACACACACACACACACACGCAGUUCAAGAAGUCAGAUAAUAUAUUUAUGUUGUAUUUGUCAUCUUUUUGUACAUUUGAAUGAUUCUUACAAAAUAAAAAAUUAAAAACAUUAACAAAGUUUCAUGAACAUCCUUAAAAACUCCAAGUUGGGUUUCGAGACAGGAUUAAGAGUUUAGGGUUUCCAACCUGAGUAAGGGUUUUAAACAAGGGUCAGUGUUUGAAAUGUUGAUUUAAAAAUAGUUAUUAGGGCUUCACGGUUAGAAUAUUAAACAUGGCUUCGGGUUUCUACUUUCAAGCCUGGUUGAGGUCUUUGAAGGUUAGGACUUAAAAUGACGGUCUCAUUCAUAAUCAUAAUGUUGGGACAGUGAGUCCGUGCCGCCUAUAGAAAUACAGUCACACAAAUAUAUAGACAUACACACUCGCGCACAUCACACAUACAUAUGUAUGUGCCGAAAAAUUUGAAUAUUGAGGGAAAGUCCAUUUAUUUCAAUAUUUUGUGUCAAAAAGUGAAACGUAGUGUUAGAUUACUUCACCACACACAAAGUGAAAUAUUUCAAGCCUUUAUUUGUUUAUAUUUUGAUGCUUAUGGCAGAAAGAAAAAA